CUCGUUCCCAUCAUGUCCAACUGUAUAUUUAAGUUCCCCACCCCCACUAUAAUUCUCUAAUACCAAACAUUAUUCAUCCCGCGCAACUUCGAUAAUGGAGCUUAGAGAAGAUCAUCCAGCACCACCCGAUAAAGCAACUUCAGAACAGUGCCAAGAACAUCAAACUCCAAGGAAGAGAAAGAACCACAACAGCAGCAGCAGCAACAAGAUGAUGAAGAAGAACAAGAAGAGGUUUACCGAUGAACAAAUAAGGUUGUUCGAGUCGAUUUUCGAGUCGGAGACGAGACUAGAACCGAGGAAAAAGUUGCAGGUGGCGAGGGAGUUGGGUCUACAGCCACGACAGGUGGCCAUAUGGUUUCAAAACAGGCGAGCGAGGUUGAAGUCUAAACAGAUUGAGAAAGAUUACAUCAAGUUAAGGGAUAAAUACGAUAAUCUGGCGUCCAGGUUCGAGUCCUUGAAGGACGAAAAACAGUCCUUAGUUUCCCAGUUGGAGAAGCUAAGUGAAAUGGUGGCCGAAGCCCAUGAUGGAAACAGGGUGGGUCUUGAAGCUGAAGCUGAGCCGAUCCUCCAACAGGCAGCAAUGGAAGAAAACGAUGGGUUCUUUGCCUUGGAACAAUUUAUGGACAUGGAUGAACACAGAUCGUUCCCGGUUUCGCCUGAGAAACUCCACGGAUUCGAUUCGGCUGCCGAUAGUCGUUUGCAGUGGUUGAACUCCUGGACUUGAGAAUGCUUUUUGAGCCAUUACAGUCGAUAAACAAUCAGAGCCACCAAAAUACCCGAGGGAACUGGCCAUUGCAUGCCAUGAUCUUCAUAUUCCAAUAGAAUCUGAUUUCCAUGAUGUUAAAAAAGACUGCAAUGGGCUGUUUCUAGUUG